AUGGAAAUAAAGUCGCACAUCUUUUCUUUCCGCUAUUUAUUUUCGUUACGUUAUUUUAAGGCAUGUUUGCAAUAUGGUGAUCGAAUAGGCAUUAAUGUGAGCUGUUCACAUCCUCAGAUUUCAUCUAAUAAGGAUUUGCAAGCAAUAGCGAAUUGGAUACUUUUAUGGAGUAGUGUUGCGAUUUGUUCGAUUGGGAUUUUUACAUCUGCAAUGAUUGGACGAUUUGGUGAUACGAAAUCUCGAAAAGCAGCGUUGCUAAUACCAUUCAGUGGACUUGUUCUUGAAGUAUAUUGGUUAGUUGGAAGUGAAGCGCUUUUCGCAGUUUUUGGUGGCUAUAUGUCUAUUUUUUCGGCAUUUUUUGCUUAUGCUACUGAUUCUGUAUGCAAUUAUCCACCAAAGUGUCGGUCAUUAAUUAUUGCAGUUUUAGAGGGUGUUAUUGGAUUUGGAGGCACAGUUGGUUACUUAUGCUCAUUUUUGCUCAAACUUUUGGGAUUCGUUGGUUUAUUCACAGCAUUUCUGAAAUUUUUGUGGCAGCGGAAAAUAAUCGGCACCUUCAUGGCUCUGAUCGUAGCAUUCGCUAUUUCUUUUUUCACAUUCGUAGGCUCAACUCAUAUUUCAUUCUAUUAUCUGAAAUUUCGAUUUGGCUGGGAUGCCACAUUGUAUGGAUUCCUUAAAGGUCCCACGCAAGGAUUCGCAAUGUUAAAUGUGCUGUUUGUUUAUCCAUUAUUACGAACACAUAAUUUCACAGAUCGAACGCUUGCUCUUAUUGGAUUAAUUUCAAGAGCAUUGGGUAGAUUGUGGCUUGCUGUUGCAUGGAGUACAUCAUCUACGUUUUUAUUGAUGCUUUUCGAUUCAUUUACACGUUUUGCUGCUUCUGGUAUGAGAGCAGUCUCAGCUAACAUCGUACCGACUAAAAAUCAUGGCUCAAUGUUUACGUUGUUUGCGGUGGUAGAAGCACUGAGCAACUUGUUGGCUGCUGUAACAUUUCAUACACUUUUCCCGCUAUCGCUUGAUUUCCUACCUCAGUUGUCAUUUUACAUCCUUGCUGUUGUAAUGUUAAUUCCAACAGUUAUACUUUAG